AGAGGAACUUGAAUUAAAAGUGAAACAAUGUAGGGAUACUCAGAUUCGACAGCGUGUGCAGUUCACGUACGUGUUUAUAAACAAAGAGAUGCCCGUUGUCAGUUGAAAACCAUGUUUUAUUGUCAAAAUCUGCUGUUUUAUCUUUAUCUGUUAUAUUUCGGCACUGCGUUUCGCGGUAAUGCAGCGUCUCCCCCGAGAAAUGCGAGAUCUUCUGAUAAUCUGCAGCACAUAGACUCUGUUGAGCGGAGUACAGGUAGCAGCAGAUACAAAGGAAGGUCCAGUGAAGGUCUCGGGGGCUUUGAACCUGGCGAUCCUGCUCCUGCUUUCCAGGUCCAAACUCUGGAUGGAGUGUUUGUUUACAAUCCUCAGAACCACUCGAAGAGCGCGCUCAUCGUUCACGCGUUCACGAAUAAAUCCGCCUUUUUGGAGUGUCUGUGGACCUGGAGCGAGUCCCUGUCAGACCUGCUGAAAUAUCUGCCGUCCGACACUGAAAUCCUGCUCUUGUCCCUGGAUGACACUGCACUACAGGACGCCCACUGGAUGAGAGAACAGGUUUACAGAGCCGCAGCUCACGGAGGUAAAGAGAUCUUGUCCAGACUGCAUUUCUCUCCUACGCCUGUGUUUGCGCUGGGUAACUGGUUACCCAGAGUAUUUUACUCAUGGGGAUGUGGUGGACACAACUGCGGCCUCGCUCAGGUGGUUUUCUCCUCUCCAGACUGGAGCAUACCAGUGAUUGGCAAGCGUCUCAAUGCCCGAUACGACUGGCUGAAUGGACGCUGGGGUACAGAUCCUUACAGACUGCUGGAUGCAGGUGAUGGUUGUAAACCUGUGACGUCUGUCAAAGGUGCCGUCGCGUGGGUCUCUGAGGGUGGCUGCUCUUUCUUCACAAAGAUGAAAAACAUGGCUGAAUCCAAUGCUGCUGGAGUGCUGGUGUAUGCAUUGCCUGGGAAUCCCAUACAGGACAUGAACUGUAUAGGAGACGAUUGUUCCACCAUAAACAUACCUGCAUCUAUGGUCCAUUUUGAGCCUUCUGUCAUGCAAGCCCUGCGAAAGGGGCAUCCAGUGAAUGUGACAUUCCAGAUCACACCUUCUCCAAACUUCUUCUUUGCAAUCAACCAGAAGGGGGCGCUGUCUGAGAUGGGCUGGUUUCUCUAUCCAACCUUUAGAUUCAUGGCCUGGCAGGCUCAGUGGUUCACAUUCAAUGAGGCUCUGCAGGAGCAGCUGAAUCGGCCUGCCAUUUCAGUGCCUGUGUUUGAUCGUCAUCUGAUGCAGGGAGAUACGGGAGCUCGAGUGGAGGUGGAUCUACCUGGAGAUUUCAUGAAUUAUGAUAUUCUGGAAUUGGACGCCUCCCUGUCCUGUCCCGGCCGCAGGGACGAGACAUGUGCUCACUGGGAUCACACAGUACAGCUAUACGUAUGCUGCGAUCCUACUAGCCCAUACUGCAACCUGGAGCUUGGGCGCUGGAUAACAGCCUUCCGCAGAGGCACAGGUCAUUGGCUGACGGAUGUGACUCCUUUGAUUCCCCUGCUAAAUGAUAAGAAAUGUGUCUUCACCAUGAAGACUGUGCCAUGGGCCAUGCCAUGGAUGACAUCUCUCAAUCUACGCUUUAGUCACAGCAACAAGACAGGUAAUUACUCAGAUGGAUUGUACCCUUUCAAGGUAAUGUCACUCUUUCCUGGGGGGACGUUUGACAAGGACUAUAACAGCAGAUACCAGGAGAUCAAGUUCAGUGUUCCAGCUUCAACAAAGAAGGUGGAGUUAUAUGCUGUUAUCACGGCUCACGGGUCUGACGAGAAUUUCUGCGGUGAAUUUUGUGUGACAUCACAUCAUUUCCUUAUCAACAGAUCCAUCAAUAACACCCUAGUGUUUGAGUCAGCUGGAACACCUCUGGGCUGUGCCAUGCGGGUAGCUGAAGGAGCAGUGCCCAAUGAACACGGGACCUGGCUGUACGGCCGUGCAGGCUGGUGUGACGGGCUCCAGGUUGAUCCUUGGAGGACCGACAUCACUUCCCAGCUGGACCUGAGUGGAACCAAUUCUGUCCUUUACUUUGGACUCUUUGAAGGACGCAAUCCAGAUCCAAAGACUAAUCCGGGGUACAUUAUUAUGUACUCCUUUCUAGUGUUUUAUAAAUGAUUUUACAGUUGGAAACUUCCGCUGAAAUAUUUUUUUUUUUUAAUUCUAACUUCUGCUUAAAUAUAUGUUUUUUAAUUCUCACUUCUGCUGAAAUAUUUUUUUUAAAUUCUCACUUCUGCUAAAAUAUUUUAGAAUUCAGACUGUCUUUUUGACAGCAUUACUCAUUUUCCUAAAUUCAUAAUCAUUUGUUUUUAUUUUAGUGAUUUUAUGUAUUUUCGUGUUCCCUCAUGCUGCUCAUUUUUGAAAGGUAUUUUUGUUUAUAAAUGCAAUCUGAGAUUAUUAAAAUGAUCAUACUUUCUUUUUAGCACAGUUGACUACUGAGAUUAGACAGUCACAUAAUCAUACAUGAAUUUACAGCUGUUUUUCAAAUAAAUUGCAGGGUUGCCGCGGGUCCUUAAAAAGUCUUAAAUUUAGUUUAUCAAAUUUAAGGUCAUAAAAAGUCUUAAAUUGUACAAGAAAGUCUUAAUUAUGAUUAACAGGUCUUAAAUUUUAGGCACGGGAAGACCAGAAUUGCGAUACAGCUUUGUGUCACCAUCAAACUUCAAAAGGGUAUGAUUUCAUUAAAUAAACAUGAGCGCUGCGCGUUCAAUGUCCGGUGCUGCUUUGUGUACUGCGGUUACCGGGGAAACACAUGUCUGCAGUUCCGAAUGCGCCAUCUGCUGGCAGAGAUUGCAUGUGCUUUUUCAAUAUGCCUGUUGUUUUGAGUAGGGUAUUCUUACAAUACAGGAGGCUGUAGUUUCAGAACCACAUUUUUAGGACCAUGUAAUUUUUUUUAUUAUUUAUUUUUAUUUUAUUUUAUUGUAUUGUAUUCAUUUAUUUGUAUUAUGUAUGCAUUAACAGCUCAUACUAUUUAUAGCAGUAGCUAUUCAAUUCUGUAUAUUAUUAUUUUUAAGGAAAUACUGAAUGUAGUUGUUUAAUUGUAUAUACUUAAUUAUUGUCCUAACCAACUCCUAAUCCUGAACUUACCCCUGGGUAACCCUUUUGAAAUAUUUAGCCUAAUUUAUUUCAAUAUAUUCUAGACUUCAGUUCAUUAGCUGCUGCGCUUCAUGUCUGACGUGUGACCCACUUAACAAAGUGAAGUAAACAGUAAAACAAUUGCUGUACAAAUUAGUGUGUUUAUUAGUACUUUAAUAAAUGUAAAAUAAUUUGAAUACAAAUACUAAUUUACAACAUCCAGCAGCACAAUGAACUGUUUUGGACAGUUUAAUGGGCUAAAUGGAGAUUUCUGACACCCCCUUGAACACUCAAGUUUAUGUCAGCUUUUACAUUAAAAAUAAGAUGGAAAGAUUAAAAAAAAAAAAUUAAUAGUUUCAAUGGAUCUAGUCUUUGCGUCUGUUUGAUAUUUCUUUGUUGAAAUGGAAUUGCUAGAUGGCACUGUCUCAAAAAAUAGGGUCCCAGAAAUGUGGUUUUGCAGGAGCAUAGUAUUGGGGUUGUUUUUGUUCAGACCAAAGCGAAAA